UACACUGAAAUGGGAAAAUCGAAAAAGCAUAAGAAACACUCCAGUUCAUCCGAAUCGUCCCCAGAGCGUUAUGAAUGGCAGCCUGAGAAGGAUUCCCAACCCGCGGCGUCAGGGAAAUCAGCUGACGCCGACGACGCCCUGGCCUUUGAUGCUUUACUUUCACGUGUGGCCACCACCAGAACGAAGUGGGACAAGUCCGCACCUGAGGUAAUCAAUGUUUUUUCUCUCCUUAUUAUUGCCGACUUUGCCCAGACUAAGCAACGAACUGUAUCUGAACUAAAUCCCUACUGGGCAGAUGGAGGCACCGGCCUACCGGAAGAUGACGCUAGCACUACCACCACCGGCACCAAGCCCGUCCUUACAAGCACCAACGAGAGUUGGCUACGGCGGGCUUAUGACAGAGCUGAGGAAGAGGCGCAGUCUAGUGGCCGAUCAGUAAGGAGCAUCCUACUUGAUAGAUGGGAUGAAAAAAUUGUCCUUGCAAUGGAAGAAGCCUUUUCUCGAUCUCGCCACAGCAGAGACAAUCGUUCAUCGAGGGACGGGUACGCCAGCUUCGUUUAA